AAGUCGUCUGAGGGCCAUGUGACGCUCAACCACUCCUUCAGUCAACCCAUUGCGCUGCAUCGGCGAUCGUUCGUGUGGCGUGUGACCUGCUUUAAUCACGGCACUCUGCUGUUGCAAGCGGCAACUCAGGCCGACAUGCAGAAAUGGGUUUUAGCACUCAAUACGGCGGCAGCGGAGAUGAGCGUCGCACCCAUGAGUGCUGGAGUGUCGUCGUACACAGCACUUUUCCACAGGCCGAUCAUGCCAACGUCGGUAUCUAAUUUAGACAAGACUGCACAACUGACGCUGUGGAGGCGCACGCUUGAGCAAACGCGGCUGGAUUUGGAUGAACACAAGAAACGGAAGGGGGCACCUGGUAGGCCUAUUUGA